AGCGUUUGUAUCGUUGAAGAGCAUUUUUCUUCUCGAUGUCGCACUAUUUAUUCCCUAGUCGUGGUGAUAUGCCCAACAGUCGACCAAAUGUUGUCAUGUUUAGACGGAUCAUUUUUACAAGCCUCGCUUUUACUUUUCUAACAGUACUAUGUUUUAUAACUUUGACAGUAAAUGGAACACUAAAUAUUUGGUUUUCUCGAAGUGGAAGUACCUCUGAAAGUCUGUUUUCGUUGUCCUCGUUUGAUAGCGAUAUCCACUUUGAAAACUUGAGGUUAAGAAGAUCUACAUCUAAGCUUGAUGUAAGAAUCGCAUACUUCAUUCAGGUCUCAACGUCCAAUUUGCACUUGUUUCCGAGGUUGCUCUGUAACUUAUACGAUACGGAACACGUUUAUGCCGUUCAUUUUGAUUGUCCUUGUAACCAAUCUGCUGUGGAUAGUAUCGUCAAAGCGAUAGAACUAGGCAACUUCCCUAAUAUUCAUAUUAUCCCACAUGAGACUCUAACAUAUUCAGGGAUAUCGCUUGUACUGAAUACUUUAUCAGCCAUGACGGUCCUUUUGAAAUAUCCUGCAGGAACUUCGAACCAGAAAGAAUGGGAUUUCUUUAUAAACUUGAGUGGUUCAGACUAUCCUUUGCUGACUCCUUGUGACCAGGCGAAGGUGCUUGGAGAAGCUCUGAGCAUGAUUCACAACUCGACGAUCAAUUUUCUUCAAAUGUUUGAACACCAUGAUUCAGAUUACAGAAGAUCGCUUUUAUAUUUGGACCCUGCUUUAACUAUGAAUAGCCUCGUCUCUGAAAACUGCAAGGAGAGAGAGGCGUUGAAACCUGUUCAAGUACAUCCAUUUCAGCAUAACUUUAACUUCACGUUAUAUAAGGCAGAGGCUUGGAUGAUUCUUUCUCGAGAAACAGUAAAAUAUCUUACCUGUGAAUCUUUCCCUCGAUGGAUGCUGGCUUCUUUUGUAAAUACUGUUUCUUCUCCUGAGCAUUACUUUGUAACAGUAUUGAAAAGCUCAUCAAUUUGGAAGAAUACAAUAUACCCAUUUGCAUUUCGUUAUGUGCGUUGGAUACAUCCAAAACUGCCAAGAGUCAGUACUCAGCAUCCAUUUGAGUUGGACCUUCAUGAAGAUCUAUUCUGGGACGAUAUCUAUGAGUCCGGUUGUUGGUUUGCUAGAAAAUUUUCCCAGCAGGACAGUCUGCUUCAGUCACGAAUCGACUCCGAAAUAGCGGGACUCAACUCUACCCUCUUGAAAGAUCUUUUUCAAUCGGUUACACUUGAAAAGUCAUUCUCUAUUGAAUUGCUGUCAAAGAAGAAACAGUUUUUAGAAGACAGAAGCUUGAGAAAAUAUUUCUGUUCCAGUCCCACUAGUCUCUCGUAUCAUUUAAAUAGAAGUUUAGAAACUAUGCGAGCAUUGAUAACAAGACAUUUUUCUGUAAUCAUAUAAAUUUUACUUUUCAUAAACAUCUUUGUGCUUUU